AUUCAAUCAAAAUUAGGCAUAUUAGAGCGAUUUUAGCGCUGGGGUACGAAUGUACCCCACAAAACCGUUUACGCAUAGAAAAAGUCACGAAACCGUUGUAGGGUCAGGGCCGGCGGAAAGCGUGGGUAGUAUGGGUAGUACUACCCACUCGAAAAUAAUCGAGUGGGUAAUUACCCACUCGAAAUUUUGAACCAUUUCAAAAAAUUUAGAUGCGCAACGCAUGUAUUUCGCACUACACGCAUUUGAAAACAUCGAUGUACCACAAUUCCAUUUGCAUAAACGUACGUGAUUUAAUGUGAAUGUAAUGUAAACGUGUGCAUUGCGAAAAGGGAAAAAAAUCCUUACUAAUGGACCCCUCACCCUAUGCUUUCUACCCACUCGGGCGUAAAGUGUUUCGCCGCCCCUGUGUAGGGUUAAUUAACUCCUGUCUGGAAAAAGAAAUGAUCGAACGUUUUCGGGUUUUCAACUAUCUCACUGAUAAAACGAAAAAGAGGCAUUUAAUUUCACCAUAGUUUAGAAGUGAUACUUCUUGAAGUCACGAUUUAAGCCUAUCGUUUUAAGGGUUAAAUGCUUGCUUGUUUUCUGUGUAGAUACCUGGUAGGUAUUUUGAUAUCAGUGCCUGAUAGAAGCCUUAUCACAGCUAACGAAAAUGAGGACAAACAAGGCAUACCAUGAGUCAUUCAUUUACGCGCAGCAGUUGCUUUGCUGCUUCGUGCGAGAUAACUCGUUUAGUUUGGUUUUGUUUUAACGCUACGCUAUAGUAAAACAGUAAUAAGCCCUGAGUAUGGCUCAGAUUGAACCUAAGAUUAAUUUCUAUAAGUUAAAACGCUUUCCCGAAAUCAAUAGCGAAAAUGGAAAUAGUCAAAUCGACACUACCGCCUUCCUUGAAUCAACCAGCCAAGUAAUUGAUAGCAUAGAAUCAUUUGGAAGACUCUUCACGCCUAUAGUGACGGACAUGCGUGGCAAUGUAAAGAGGUUACAUGCUAAAUAUAAGGAAAAUGAGCAAACUUUCCACUAUCUUGAAGACCUUAUUCUGCAUGAUAAGGAUGGGAAUGAAAUAACAUUCGAUACUGUGACUGAAGGGCUGCUGUGGUUAAAGCGCGCAUUGGAGAUGAUUGAAAUAUUUUUCAGAAACAUGUUGGAUGAUCCAUCUGGCAGUGAUAUCGUAAAACACCACCUCAAAAAUGCAUAUGAAGCUGCUUUACUGCCCUACCAUGGUUAUUUGGCUCAAAAAGGGUUUCAUCUUCUUCACCACUAUAUCCCGUCAAGGACUACUCUUCUGGGUUCAGCAGAAUCAAAUCAUCAGAACAUAGAAGCGUUAAAAAAUUACCUUAUCACUUUUAAAGCAAACAUCGAAUACUUGAAUCGGUUUAUUGAGGACCAUGAUUUUAAUAAAACAUAUAAAGUAUAAUAAACAAAGACAACUCUAUCGGUAAUCAAUAUAAUUAGUAGUUGUAUCUAAAAUAUCACUUGAUCGUCUUGAAAUCGUUCACGUCGAAAAUGUGAUGCACGACGGAUUGCUAUGAAACUUGAAAUUAUUUGGCCGACCAACAAACUACAAUGUAUCAUUUCGAGAAUAAAACUAAUUUUAUAUUUCAUUACUUGCUCACUAGUCAACAUAUACAAAUUAAGUGGAGUUUGAAGAAAUAUAGACAAUAUCCAGAAUCCAGCAAAAUCGGGUAUCUACAAAUAAAAUCGAAUAUAAUAAAAUUCA